AGCCGAUACAGGAGUACAUAAUCCGUGACGCAGCAGAAUAAUAAAACAGUGCGCCAUCUGCGUCGCAGGCAGUCUCCAGAGACUAACCCCAAACACUGGCAAGCAUGUUGCGUUUGCCUGUUGUGAGCCGGAGUCUUUUUCCAGCAGCAAUUAUCAGAGGAAGUACGGCUGCAACGAACAAUGCUCGCACCGCAGCAACAGCAGCCGCCAGUAACCUUGUGGAGGUGUUCGUGGAUGGGAACCCUAUCAUGGUGGAGCCGGGAACCACCGUGUUGCAGGCGUGUGAAAAGGUAGGAAUGCAGAUUCCUCGCUUCUGCUACCAUGAGCGCUUGUCGGUUGCAGGAAACUGUCGCAUGUGUCUGGUGGAGAUAGAGAAAGUUCCUAAGCCGGUGGCAGCUUGUGCGAUGCCGGUCAUGAAGGGCUGGAACAUUUUAACCAACUCUGACAAAACAAGAAAGGCAAGAGAGGGUGUGAUGGAGUUCCUGCUGGCUAACCACCCAUUAGACUGUCCAAUCUGUGAUCAGGGGGGAGAAUGUGACCUACAGGACCAGUCCAUGCAGUUUGGCAGUGACAGGAGCCGCUUCACUGAGGGCAAAAGAGCUGUGGAAGACAAAAACAUUGGUCCCCUUAUCAAAACCAUUAUGACUCGCUGCAUCCAGUGCACUCGCUGUGUGCGCUUUGCCAGUGAGAUUGCAGGAGUGGAGGACCUGGGCACCACUGGCAGAGGCAAUGACCUGCAGAUCGGGACCUACGUGGAGAAGAUGUUCAUGUCGGAGUUAUCUGGGAACGUUAUCGAUAUCUGCCCAGUGGGGGCCCUCACCUCUAAACCAUAUGCAUUCACGGCUCGCCCUUGGGAGACCAGGAAGACAGAAUCCAUUGAUGUCCUGGAUGCUGUGGGUAGUAACAUUGUGGUGACCACUCGCGGGGGCGAGGUGAUGAGAAUCUUGCCUCGUCUUAACGAGGAUGUUAAUGAGGAGUGGAUCUCAGACAAAACCAGGUUUGCAUAUGAUGGACUCAAAAGGCAGCGGCUUACUCAGCCGAUGGUGAAAAACGAGUGUGGGCAGUUCGUUCCCACAACCUGGGAAGAUGUGCUGACUCGAGUGGCUGGAGUAUUGCAAGGAGUUGAAGGAAACGCUGUUGCUGCUGUCGUCGGGGGCUUGGUGGAUGCAGAGGCUCUCAUUUCCCUGAAGGAUUUGCUGAACCGUUUGAAUAGUGACAACCUGUGCACUGAGGAGGUGUUCCCAAUGGCUGGAGCUGGAUCUGACCUGCGUUCAAACUAUCUUUUAAACACUGGGAUUGCUGGCAUUGAAGAAGCCGACCUGAUGCUUCUGGUCGGCACAAACCCACGCUAUGAGGCUCCUCUCAUCAAUGCACGAAUCAGAAAAAGCUGGCUUCACAAUGAGUUGCAAGUGGCUCUUUUGGGAAAGGAAGUGGACCUAAGUUACACAUACGACCAUCUUGGGGAGUCUGCCAAGGUUCUUCAGGAAAUCGCGUCAGGAACUCACCCAUUCUCCCAGGUCUUGGCUAAAGCUAAGCAUCCUGUUGUUGUGGUUGGAAGCAGCUGUCUGCAGACAGAGGACGGGGCCGCGAUAAUGGCUGCUGCGUCAACCAUUGCUCAGAACGCUCGCAUCAGCAGUGGCGCUGAGGAAACCUGGAAGGUUCUCAACGUGCUUCACAGGGUUGCCAGUCAAGUGGCUGCACUUGAUCUUGGAUACAAACCAGGUGUGGAGGCGAUCAGAAAGAACCCACCCAAAGUUCUGUUCCUACUAGGAGCUGAUGCCGGCUGCAUUACUCGCCAGGACCUCCCGAAGGACAGCUUUAUAAUAUAUCAAGGUCACCAUGGGGAUGUUGGGGCACCAAUGGCUGACGUCAUACUUCCUGGAGCUGCGUAUACUGAGAAAUGUAGCACGUAUGUGAACACGGAGGGCCGUGCCCAGCAGACCAAAGUGGCUGUGACUCCCCCGGGCAUGGCAAGGGAGGACUGGAAGAUCAUCAGAGCCAUAUCUGAGCUUGCUGGAGUGACUCUGCCAUAUGAAACCCUCGAUGAAGUGCGUGCUAGAAUGGCAGAGGUUUCCCCAAAUCUGGUGCGAUAUGACGAUGUGGAGGAGGCCAACUACUUUAAGCAGGCUAAUGAACUGUCAAAGGCAGUGAACCAGGCUGUCCUUACUGGACCUUUAGUCCCUCCACAGCUUACUGUGAAGGACUUCUAUAUGACAGAUCCGAUAAGCAGAGCCUCCCAGACGAUGGCCAAGUGUGUGAAAGCUGUCAGGGAGGGAGCACAAGCUGUGGACGAGCCAUCCAUAUGCUAAAGAGCGAUGCAUAGCACAGCCAAAAAAUAUAUAUACGCACAACUCAGCCAUUUGCACAUGUCUAGAAUUUGCACUGUUUUAUUAUAGUAGGUGCCUCAUCAUCUAUGCAAAUUAUGGAAGCAUGUGCUUCGUACAGAGUCGAUAUGUAAGCUUAUUUUACCAAAUCUCCAAAGACACCUAACAGUUUGUUUUCAUCUCUUAUGACUUUUUAGUAGGUGUAACCAAAGGUUCAAAAUCUUUAUUCAAAAGUACAUUUAAUAUAUUGUCUUAUUAUAAAUUACUAACAUUAAAAGUGUUGAGAUUAUAUUUUCCUAAAGGUAUAUGGAGUAUAUAGUAUUACAAGAAUGUAUAUUUGUGUAUGAACCAAUUUUCUAUAGAAAGUGUGUGUUCCUAUUAAAAAAUGUCAAAAGUAAAAAAAUAUAUAUGUACUGGUGCCAUGGACGGUGCGUUCUUGUUUUUAUGCGAAAUCAAUACAACUUAGCUCCUAUAUCUGUCAGGCACGUGGUCCAUCAUCAGUAAACAGCCGGCAGGAAGAGUGGCAGCAGGGCUGGCAACUCAUCUAUGUGGAGGACGAUAGCCCUGGUCCAGAUGAAUUUCCACUGAAACACUUUGCAGUACCUCUCAGUUAAUAUAGUUUAACCAAAUUGCUUAAAAUGUGAAAAAUGCAAACGGCACUGUCAUUCACCGAAACUGCCAUAUCUGUCCUAAAGAGAUCAACAUGACACUUCAACAUUGUAGGGGUUUUUAACAAAGUUGAAUUUCCAAUAUGGUAGGAGAGGUUGUUGUUGUUGAGCGGAUUGUUGUCAUGUCCUCGCAGUGCCUGUAGUGGUGCUGUGAGGAGUCUGCUGUGGAUCCAACAAAAAUCCUCAGCAGCCUGCCUACUGCUUGUAAUUUGCUCUGGAUAGCCUAUAUUUAAAUGCAUCCGUAUAUCAAGAUAUACCAAGCUCGAUGAAGAUCACUGUUAUUAUCCUAUCUCGACUAUCGAUGCAGAAAUAGCCUAGCUGAAUCGAACAGACUUUUCGGCCGUCUGUCUGGAGCGAAUACCUUACACAGCCCAUACCAAUUCAAGGUAAGCGAAA